GGUCAAUCGUAUCAGAUUAUCACACUCGACUUUCACAUCAUAAUGCUCCACACCUCUCUGUUUUUUUCUUCUGUUCUUUUUUUGGAAACCUUUGUAACCUUGACCUUUUGUAAUCUUUAUUUUCCUUUCUAAGAUUUUUAUUUUUGUAGGUGAAAAUUGAUACAUUAAGCUUUCAAAGGUUCAGCGAGGACUGGCAGCUCAAAUAUGGACCAUAGUUUACUCCAGCUAAGACAAAGGGUGUAUAAGGGUUGGUGAGUUUGGGGGUGGAUGGUAGCUUUUGGAACAGGGAUUCAACCUUGUUACCUUUGAAAACAUAACCCAAUGCCACUGUGCAACAACAAGGUCGCUGACGAUGGAACUUCAGCACAGCCACUGCAAGAAGGAAAAGCAAUGGUGGACUCCCUCAUCAAGGUGGUGGCAUGUUAUCGGCACUUGGCCUCCUGUGUUGGUGGAUGCACGGACAAUUCCAGCCUAAGACGUGAUCUUCGGCAAACACGAGAGCGAGCCCAGACACUAGCGCUGUCCUGCAGAAACCACCUGACAGCUCGACUGAGGGAUAAAACAUUACCGGAGGCUGAGAGGAAGGAAACAGAGCUGCUGUGGGUGGCAUUCUCCUCUUGUCUGGAGCUCUUACAUGCAGACAUGUGCAAGGUUUUCACCACGGUCAAGCACUUUUCCCUUGCCAAUAACAGUGCCAUGGUGCAAACAGGCAUACAGGGGGGGACAACAGAGGUGGCAGCAUGGGCCUUGAGUCUGCCUGACCUGCAGGAGGCAGGUGACGGGUCCCAGACAUCCAGCAUGGAGGGUCAGGAGCAGAGUCAGCUGGAGCAAGAGAUCGCACAGGUGGACCGUACGCUGGAGGACAUGGAGCUGAAGGUCAAUGUGCUGCGCUGGACAGUGGAGGCGCUGGGUCCUCAGUAUGCUGACCCCGUCAGCACUGACAGCGCUUCGCUAGCGCUGCUGUCCAUCGACGAAGAGGCAGCUCAAGGCUUUUGCAGGCGCAGCCAGAUGUUUGCAGUAAUGAUGCUGUGCGGUGUGGCGAUCUUUGCCAUGGUGCUAUCAGUGUGUGUGGUGUUCCUGGUCUGAAGUCUUAUCAUCACUUGUGUUGUGUAGGCUUUUUCUUUUCCAGAGGUCUCUUCAAUUGUGUUCAGCCAAACAUCAACAGUCUGUGUACUUAUUAACUAUGUAACAGUUCCUUACUGUUGAUCUCAACAGAGCCCAUGAGUCCUUUUUACACAUCAAAAAACUGCCAUUAACUUUGGGUGUGUGAUCUUUUAUAGCAAAAGAGAGCCUGAUGAAUGAAUCUUCGCUCUAAUGCAGAACUGAAAUGUGAAAAUUCGGCAAGUAGUAAAAUCUGAUUUACUUUCUGAUUUACUGAUGUACUUUCAGGAUGCUGUAUAUAAACAUAAGUGGGCUGUUCAUAAGCUGGUUUAUCAUGUUGUACCUUCAGAACUCAUCAUUUGUUUUAG